AUGCUGGAACAGGAAGGCUUGUCCGAAAUAGCUCACAGUAAUGCCAGCGAACAGAUUGCUUAUUUACUGGUAGAAAGAACGACGCUGCUGGAGAAACUGGAGAUUGCAGAUCAGAAGUUGAAUUCGCACAGCUGCAUAGACAGGCUGUGUGCAGCACGGCUUCAGGAUGAGUUUGAUCACAUUCCUCAGACGUUAGAAGAUGAACUCCAUCAACAGCAUGAAUCCACGCAGCUUACUGGAGAGACAAUGGAUGAGGUAAUAUAUUUGCACUUCUACAGGGAAGAGCUGGAGAGGGAACAAGCAUCACGUGCAAGAGUUGAACAAGAUCUGGAUGAGGCCACGCAGAAGCUGCUGAUGGCCCAGGAAGAGAUACGGAGGUUGGCGGAUGAACUGGAUGCACAAAAAAAGGAGCAGAGCAAAACAGGAUCAGCCUCACGGUCAGCCCUGCAAGCGUCCGAGAGCCGGGAAGGAGGGGUGGGCGAAUGGAGAGAGAGUGACAGGACAGAGCUACAGAAGGCCAUGGAGGACAACAGCAGACUGGACAAGGAAAUUCUGGCGCUGCGAGCACGGGUCCAAACGCUCGACUUGGAAAGAAAAGCGUUCCUUGAUCUGGUUGAACAGCUCAAAGAGGAGAUUUGUGAGUAUCAGAAGAGCGAGAAGCAAGGACUUCCGUUGCCUGUGCUAACCGAGACUGACGAAGUCGCAGCGUGCUCGCUGCAGUCACAAGGCACAAAGGAUGAAGGGAGGGUUGAAGGAGACCACAUUUCAGGCAAAGCUGGCACAGAUCAAGAAGACAGAUAUCAGAGCAGUGAAACACUUCAUAAAAGGUGCCGAGAGGUGAUAGAAAACAUCGAGGGCAGGAAUUCACAGCUCCUUCACAAGCUGCAGAAGCUGGAGCAGGAGCACGAGGAUUUGGUUGAACGCAAUGAAGAGCUGGAAUCAAUCCUGGGAGAGACGCAGAUCCAAACCAAGCAGGAGAAGGAACAGUUUGAGAGUGAGGUGGAGGGACUUCACCAGAAAAUCACAGGUUUAGAAACAGAGUUACUUGAAGUGCAGAAGAGUAAGACAGAGAUAAGUGGGGAAGAGCAGGCAUCGUCUGGAGCACAAGAGGUGCAAGAGAUGCUGGAAACCUGUCAGGAAACAAUAGAAAAGUUGGGAAGUCAGCUGGGAGAGCGGAGAGAACGCCGAAAACAGCUUGCAUCUGAGCUUGAACUCUUACGAGAAGACCUGAAGGCUGAAAAGAAGGUAUUGGGCAGCCCGCACUUGUCUGACUCAAAAUCAGAGUUUACAAGCCAUUGUAAUAACUCCCUGAGUCUCCAAACAACAUCAGCAAGCAGGGGUCUCAUUAACGUAUCCCAUGAGAAGCUACAAAAAGAUAAUGCUUUGUUAGAUACAGAGGUCUCUGAACAUCUACAAGAAAGGGAACGGAUUAACAAACUUGAGCAGAAACAUGAAGAUCCAUGUACAGAUGACAAGACAUAUGAAGAACAGAUGGCUAAAGUAGUAUUUUUGGAAGAACAGCUCAAAAACUUGAGAGAUGAACAAGAACUGCUCUGUUCUGCAUUACUAGAAAGCAACAAGAAGAGGGAGGAGCUAGAAAAGCGGCUAAAAGAGAGCAAUGAAGAAAAACGGUUGUUACUGGAAGAAAUUGCCCAGCUAAAACAAGAUAACCUGACUGCCCGGGAGCAGGGAGAGAGCAUGCUUGAAGAGACUUGGAGGCUGAAUCAAGGCAUGGCACGUAGAGAGAGCAGGUUUCUCGAGUCGCAGAGCUCUACAGGCAGUUUAGAUGGGAGCGUUAAACAGAGUUUGUCUGAGGAGAGAUUCCAGCAACAGGAGGAAAAAAUGCAGCAACUGCGGCAGGACUUGCGUCGUGUUCAGAACUUGUGCAGCUCAGCUGAGAGGGAGCUGAGAUACGAAAGGGAGAAGAAUGUUGACUUACAAAAGCAAAACCUCUUGCUCCAACAGGAAUGCACCAAGGUCAAAGCUGAGCUGAAGCAAGCCAGGGCAAAACUCUCGGACACAACUGAAACAUGCUCCUCCCUCUCAGCACAGUGGGAAAAAAGCCAGCAGAAGGUGAAAGAACUCGAACAAGAGCUCUUGAAGUGCUCCCAGGCUGAUAAACUGCAGAGCAGUCUGCAGGAGAAACUCGCCCAGGAGAAAUCCAAAGUAUGUGAAGCACAAAAAAAGAUUUCAAAACUCCAGCAAAAGCUAAAAGAUUCCCAACACCAACUCCUGCUGGCCGAAGCCCGUGUUUCUGACAAGAAACUCCUGGAGGAGGAAUUGAAGGAGGCCCGAGAGAAUGAAGCUCGUGUGCAGCAAGAACUCCACGAGGAGCAGCUGAAAAGGAAGCUCCUGGAGCAGCAGGUGGAGGAGCUGCGGAAGCAGCUCCGGCAUUCGCAGGAGACGGAGGCGUCGCUGGCCAAGAUGCAUGUGGAGCUGCAGGCCAAGACCCUGCACGUCCUAGAAGAUGAGAGGAAAACUGACUCGAGCGAGCACCUACAGUGUCAGAAGGAGAACCAGAAGCUUUCGGAGCAACUUUCGCUGCUGAAGGAGGAAAACAAAGCUCUUUACGAGGAAGGAGUGCGUCUCCUGAACCAGAAGGAUCUGUAUGUCAGGAAAUACAACGAAAUGCAGCUCCGCCACAAA